AGGGCCACCAUCGAUGAGGUGGAGACCGAUGUGGUGGAGAUCGAGGCAAAGCUCGACAAGCUGGUGAAGCUGUGCAGCGGGAUGAUCGAGGCAGGCAAGGUUUACAUCACCACCAACAAACAUUUCGUGAGCGGCGUCAGGGACCUGUCCCAGCAGUGCCGCAAGGNNNUUCUUUUUCAGGAGUGCCUGGAUAAAUUUGGGGACAGCCUGCAGGAAAUGAUCAAUUAUCACAUGAUCCUGUUUGACCAGGCUCAGAGGUCGGUCCGGCAGCAGCUGCACAAUUUUGUCAAGGACAUCACCAGGAAAUGCUUCAGACACCUGGCCCUGGACUAUGUGCUGCAGGUGAGGGCUCCUGGCCUCCCCUCCACACACAAAAAUGUCAGUUCUAUGUUGUCCUUCAUGCACGCCCAGUUCACCUUUUUCCAGCAGGGUCACAGCCUCCUGCACGAGCUGGAGCCCUACAUGAAGAAACUGGCCACGGAGGAUUUCUCCUACGAUGACUCCAAGGUGGAAUUUAACGUGGAUGCUCCCAACGGGGUGGUGAUGGAAGGUUACCUGUUCAAAAGAGCCAGCAACGCCUUCAAAACCUGGAACAGNCCCUUUUCCCAGGAUUUCUCCUACGAUGACUCCAAGGUGGAAUUUAACGUGGAUGCUCCCAACGGGGUGGUGAUGGAAGGUUACCUGUUCAAAAGAGCCAGCAACGCCUUCAAAACCUGGAACAGGAGAUGGUUCUCCAUCCAGAACAGCCAACUCGUCUACCAGAAAAAGCUCAAGGAUGUCCUGACCGUGGUGGUGGAGGACCUGAGGCUCUGCACGGUCAAACCCUGCGAGGACAUCGAGAGGAGAUUCUGCUUUGAGGUCGUCUCCCCCACCAAGAGCUGCAUGCUGCAGGCUGACUCGGAGAAGCUGCGCCAGGCGUGGAUCCAGGCAGUCCAAGCCAGCAUUGCCUCUGCCUACAGAGAGAGCCCUGACAGCUACUACAUCGAGAGGCUGGACAGAACAGCCUCCCCCUCCACCAGCAGCAUCGACUCGGCCACGGAUUCCCGGGAUCGUGGUGGGAAAGGGGAAACAAUCCUGCAGAGGGUGCAGAGCAUCCCUGGCAAUGAGCAGUGCUGUGACUGCGGGCAGCCAGACCCUCGCUGGGCCAGCAUCAACCUGGGCAUCCUGCUGUGCAUCGAGUGCUCCGGCAUCCACAGGAGCCUGGGUGUUCACUGCUCCAAGGUCCGAUCCCUCACGCUGGAUUCCUGGGAGCCGGAGCUGCUCAAACUGAUGUGUGAGCUGGGCAACAGCACCAUGAACCAGAUUUACGAGGCGCAGUGCGAGGAGCUGGGGCUGAAGAAACCAACAGCAGGGAGCUCCAGUCCUAUGAACGCCUGCCCUGCCCUGCUGCCCUCAGCCGCCACCCUGGAGCGGAAAUUCCGCCGGGAUUCGCUUUUCUGUCCCGACGAGCUCGAUUCGCUUUUCUCCUACUUCGACACCGGCGCCGGCGCCGGCCCGCGCAAGUGCGAGGUGUCGGAGGAGUCGAGCGGGGAGGCGGAGCUGGAUCCGGAGGUGUCGGAGCUGGAGGAUCUGCGGGAGCUGCACCCGGGGCUGUUGCUGUCGCGGGCAGCGCUGGCCCGGAACCUGCCCCUGAUGGCCCAGGCGCUGGCCCACGGCGCCGACAUCAACUGGCCCAACGGCGAGGACGAGAACAAAACGCCGCUGAUGCAGGCGGUGACCGGGGUGAGCGCCCGGGGGGGAUCGGGAUCGGGAUGGAGGGGCUGGAGAGGGGGGAUUGUCCCUGGGGAUGGGGGGCAGGUGUGCCUGUUCCUGAAGCGCGGGGCCACCCAGCACGCCCUGGACGGGGACGGGCAGGACCCGCUGAGCAUCGCGGUGAGCGCCGCCAACGCCGACAUCGUCACCCUGCUGCGCCUGGCGCGGAUGAACGAGGAGAUGCGGGAGGCAGAGGGACCCUUCGGGCAGCCCGGCCAAUACCCCAGCAACAGCCCCACGGAGCUGCAGUACCGGAAAUGCAUCCAGGAGUUCAUCAGCCUCAACAUCGACGACUGCUAAGGACAGCC